AUGGCAGUGACCACCGUGUUCCCGGCUCUGGCGCGGGUGCUUGCUCUGCAAAGACACAGCCUAACAUCUCCUUACCUCAGUGCGACAUCACUCAGACGCUUUUACAGAGGUGACAGCCCAGCAGAUUCCCAAAAAGACUUGAUUGAAAUCCCUUUGCCCCCAUGGCAGGAGCGAACUGAUGAGUCUAUAGAAACCAAAAGAGCCCGCCUGCUGUAUGAGAGCAGAAAGAGAGGGAUGUUGGAGAAUUGCAUUCUCCUCGGCCUCUUUGCUAAAGAGCAUCUGCACUGCAUGACAGAGAAGCAGCUGAACCUCUAUGACCGCCUGAUUAACGAGCCCAGUAACGACUGGGAUAUUUACUACUGGGCCACAGAAGCAAAACCAGCCCCAGAAAUAUUUGAAAAUGAAGUCCUGGCACUGCUGAGAGACUUUGCCAAAAACAAAAACAAAGAGCAGAGACUGCGUGCCCCAGACCUUGAGUACCUCUUUGAGAAGCCACGCUGA